AUGGGCUGCGUGUGCGGCCGCCCCGCGGCCAUCGACGACGGCCGGUGCGUCCAGACGCCCCCGCCGGCGGGGAAGCUCUCGGCGGCGGGAGCGGCGGUGCCGAGGAGGGAGGAGGAGGCGCGGAAGCAGGCGCGGGCGCGGGAUGAGGCGCUGGAGAGGAGGCGGGCGGCCGCGAUGGCCAUGGCGGCGUGCCAGGUGCGGAGCCCCGUGCCGAGGGCGCUGGAGGCGGAGCAGGUGGCGGCCGGGUGGCCGCCGUGGCUCGCCUCCGUCGCCGCCGAGGCCGUGCGCGGCUGGGUGCCGCGCCGCGCCGAGUCCUUCGAGAAGCUCGACAAGAUUGGUCAGGGAACAUACAGUAAUGUCUACAGAGCUCGUGAUCUUGAAAAACAGAAGAUUGUUGCUCUAAAGAAAGUACGCUUUGAUAAUUUGGAGCCCGAGAGUGUGAAAUUCAUGGCCAGAGAAAUCCUCAUUUUGCGACGGCUUGAUCAUCCAAAUAUUAUUAAGCUGGAGGGUCUCGUAACUUCGAGGAUGUCUUGUAGCUUAUAUCUUGUUUUUGAGUACAUGGAGCACGACCUAGCUGGCCUAGCUUCUUUUCCUGGACUAAAAUUGACCGAGCCUCAGGUUAAAUGUUACAUGCAACAGUUACUCCGAGGCCUUGAGCAUUGUCAUAGUCGUCACAUUCUGCACCGUGACAUUAAGGGUUCCAAUCUCUUGAUUGAUAACCGAGGCAUACUGAAGAUAGCUGAUUUUGGCUUAGCAAGUUUCUUUGAUCCUGAACAAAGGCACCCUUUGACUAGUCGUGUGGUCACACUUUGGUAUAGACCGCCAGAACUUCUGCUUGGUGCCACGAAUUAUGGCGUUGCUGUAGAUCUGUGGAGUACUGGCUGCAUUCUUUCUGAGCUAUAUGCUGGCAAGCCUAUUAUGCCUGGUAGAACAGAGGUUGAGCAGUUACAUAAAAUAUUUAAACUCUGUGGUUCGCCAUCAGAGGACUAUUGGAGGAAGUCUAAACUUCCCCAUGCAACCAUUUUUAAGCCACAGCAUCCAUAUCCAAGGCGUGUUACAGACACAUUUAAAGACUUUCCUUCACCUGCUCUAGCAUUAGUAGAUGUUCUUCUUUCAGUAGACCCAGCUGAGCGACGGACAGCAUCUUCUGCGUUGCAAAGUGAGUUUUUUACAACAAAACCAUAUGCUUGCAAUCCUUCAAGUCUGCCAAGAUAUCCCCCCAGCAAAGAGUAUGAUGCAAAACGCCGAGAGGAGGAAGGUCGAAGGCAAGGUACUGCUGGAGGAAAGCAACAUCCUGAAAGACGAACUAGAGAGUCAAAAGCAGUCCCUGCACCUGAUGCAAAUGCAGAACUAGUGUCAUCUUUGCAGAAAAGGCAAGCCCAAGCCAAUACCAAGAGCAGGAGUGAGAUGUUCAAUCCUUGCAAGGAAGACUCUGCAUCUGGAUUUCCAAUUGAACCACCCAGUUCAACUCACAUCAUUGAAUCGUCGGAGGACUCCAAACGCGUCUACCCAACGAGAACCUUCCAUUCUGGGCCUUUAGUUAACCCGUCAAAGACUGGAACGAGCAAACAUGGCGAACAUCAUGUACGUGCCGUUGCGGAUCCCCGGAAUUUCCCUGUGGUCGUAUCAGCAAAAUCAGAUGCGCGUCCGGAUGAUAGCAAUGGGAUCGGGUUUACUCAAGCUGAAGCAUUUGCUCAUGGACGGAGGCUGUCUGAAUCUAUCAACGGGCACUUCAGUGGUAGCGGGAAGUACGACCAAGUAUUCCAGCAGAAAGAGGACAAGAGCGGCGGCAGGGUGGAUGGAGGAGCUAUUGGCUACGGAUCCAAAGGCAACAAGAUCCACCACUCGGGGCCUCUGACCUCCUGCCCCUCGGGCAACGUCGACGAGAUGCUCAAGGAGAACGACCGGCAAAUCCAGGAGGUUUUCCGGCGAACCCGGGUGGAGAAGUCCCGGGUGAGGAGGGCCCAUGGGCACGGGCACGCCGGAGAGGCCGGGCUACGGGACUUCGGCGCCGUCCCGGUCUUCCCUUCCAGCCGCUCCAGCUACCGAGCCGCGCCCCAGUGA